GGGUAGAAACAGCAACUGGGACAGCUGUAGUUCUGAGUGCCAGGAUGGGAGCGGUGGAUUGUCACUGCCAUCUCGCGGCACCCGAAUUUCAAAGGGAUAUUGAAAGUGUAUUGGAAGAUGCCAAAAAGUCUAGUGUUUUGGCCCUGGUAGUAGUUGCUGAACAUUCUGGAGAUUUCACAAAAAUUAUUCAGCUUUCAGAAAGGUAUCCAGGAUUUAUUUUUCCAUGCUUGGGCAUCCAUCCAGUUCAAAGUAUUCCAGGUGGAUGUGAACGCAGUGUUACUUUAAAGGAUGUAGAAGAAGCAUUCCCACUCAUUGAGCUGUAUCAGGAUCGUUUGCUGGCCAUUGGGGAGAUUGGUUUGGAUUUUACUCCCAGGUUUGCCAGCAGUGAUGAACAGAAGGAAGGGCAACGUCAAGUCUUGAUGAAACAAAUUCAACUGGCAAAACAACUUGAUUUACCUUUAAAUGUCCAUUCCCGCUCAGCUGGAAGGCCAACGAUUAACCUCUUAAAGGAACAAGGUGCUGAGAAAGUGUUGCUACAUGCAUUUGAUGGCAAACCAUCGGUAGCAAUGGAAGGAGUGAAGGCUGGAUAUUUUUUCUCUAUCCCUCCUUCAAUUGCAAGGAGUGAACAGAAGCAGAAACUUGUGAAACAGCUACCUCUAGAAAGCAUUUGCUUGGAAACUGACUCACCUGCCCUAGGUCCUGAGAAACAGGUGAGAAAUGAGCCAAAGAAUAUCUUCAUUGCUGCAGAAUACAUUGCUAAAAUAAAAGGGAUCUCAGUGGAAGAUGUUUUACAUGUAACAACGCAGAAUUCACUGAAGGUCUUUCCUAAACUGAAAAACUUCCUCAGGAUCUAGAUGAUGUUCUAUAGUAUCCGACAUUAAUUCAGAUUAUUUGAAUAUGUGUAAUUACAUAAAAUGUAUAAUAUUAAAAUAUCUAACAGAAGAGCAUAUGUGUGGCUCAGAGUUGAACUCUGGAGUCCUUGAUGCUAUCUUAGCUUCGUUGUUUGCUUGCAGAUGUUUUAUUACCCAAUCAGGUAACAUCAUCGGUACAAGUGAGUGUGGCUUGCUCCCUGUUUAUACAUAGCAAGUUGCCCUGAGGGCAUGAUGGCUUAGCGGUUAAAGAAGCUGAGCUUAUUAGCUGGAAAGCUGACCGCCUGGGUUCAAGACCCAAGAGCUGUGCGAUAGGGUGAGCUCCCUUUACUUUUCCCAGCUCCCUUUUCUGUUUUCCCCAGAAAACAUGCAAAUGCAAGUAGAGAAAUAGGUACCACUUCUGUGGAAAGGUAACAGCAUUCCAUGUGCCUUGGUGUAUAUUCAUGCAGGCCACAUGACCACAGAAAUGUCUUCGAUAACGCUGCCUCCCAUGGCUAAGAACCAGAAAUCAGCAUCACCCCCCAAGAGCCGCAAACGACUGGACAGGGAAAACCUUUACCUUUAGAUUGUCCUGCCAAUGUUGUUGGGGAUGUGGUUUUAUCCUUGUUAGUUCCUUGAUUAGGAUAUUGUUUUCUGCUUGUGUGCCUGGUGCUAAUUCCUGCUUAUCUGAUUGUUGGCUGCAAGAGAGGGUGUUUUCUGCUCUUUUUUGUUUUCUCCUUAGCUUUUUAUUUUGUGUGAAUGUGAUUUAUCUCUGUGUCUUGGGAUUCUUCCAGGGAUUUGGGGGAUCCAGUUUGGUCUAGGAUGCUCAGUUUCCCACUUGAAACUAUGGUUGAGUCUGUACAUGUGUUGUGAAUUUCAAUACACAUCAAUAUAUGUUGG